UUUCUCAAUCAAUUAAGAUAAACACAGGCAAUUGUUAUGUAAUUGAAUUUGAUGUUCCGAAAUUAAAUUGUAGUGAAAGAGAAUGAGUUACCUGUUAACAACGUUGUCUAAGAAAUUAGAGGUUGAUUCCAUCAUCAGAGACACCAUUGAUAAGGUUCUUGUCCUCCGAUUUGGCCGUGCCUCUGACCCUGUCUGUCUCCAGCUCGACGAAAUUCUUUCUAAAGCAGCAAGGGAUGUGUCCAAGUUUGCAACUGUGGCACUGGUUGAUGUUGACUCACAGGACCUUCAAGUCUAUGUCAAGUAUUUUGACAUCACUUUGAUACCAUCUACUGUGUUUUUCUUCAAUGCCCAUCACAUGAAAAUGGAUUCUGGGACUGCAGAUCAUACUAAAUGGAUUGGUGCUUUUCACAUAAAGCAAGAUUUCAUUGAUGUUGUAGAGGCAAUAUUUAGAGGAGCUAUGAAGGGAAAGCUUAUUGUGAAUUGCCCUGUCCCGCCUGAACGUAUACCAAAGUACCAGUUACUGUAUAAGGAUUCCUAAAAAUUAAGUUCAACCCCCCAACACCCCAACCCUCCUCCUUCUUAUUUUGUUUUCUUUUUCUAGGGAUAGGGAUAAUUGACUUGCAAAUACUCCAAUGAUAGAAACUGUUCUGUUUUUGUUCUCGUCUUCUCCCCUUUUGCUUACAUGUGCUGAUUCGUAAAAAUUGAGCCCAUAUGUAUAUUGGAAUUUUCACAUUCUAUAGGUUCGUGAAACAAAUGCAGAUAUCCCUCGUUUGAU